AUGGCUAUAUCAAGUGCCAUAGAUAUUCGGAAAUUUUUAAAACCUGUCAGACAGCAGUCGACAUCUGAUAAAGAAACAACUUCAACUAAUGACUGCAAAAAACCGAAAACGGAUAAUGUAGCUUGUUUAUCAUUAUCGACAACACCCGAACCAGAAACUGAAAAACUUGAAAGUGGAGGUUCUAGAUUAGAAUAUGACAUUGGACUUUAUGUAAAAUGUUCUGCAAAAAUACCUAUUGAUUUUAAGUAUCGCUUGCUAACUGAUCCCUACAAGCCUCAUUCGUCCUACGAUUUUAAAGGGGACAUUUCUGUAAUCGGAAAACGUGCUUUUUGCGUAUUUUGUGUUUUAUUUCCACAACCAGUUCAAAGAGGAUUUCAAGGUGCCUUCAUUACUUAUCCUUUCACAAAGUAUAAACAUUUUAAUGAAUGUGCCAAAAACCAUAUCAGCUCAGCAUGGCAUCGUGGAGCUCAACAAGAUGCUGAACACUUUGCAUUAACAAUACGAGAUCCAAAUAAAAAUAUUAUUUGUCAGAUAGAUAAUUCAGUAAAACGAGUUAUUGAAGAAAACAAAAAGAAGCUGUAUCCUAUUAUCUCUACGAUCCUAUUUUGCGGAACAAAUGAUUUGGCAUUACGUGGGAAAAAUAGUAAUAAAGGAAAUGUCCGACAACUUGAUGAGUAUAGGAUUGAGGGAGGAGACAGUAUUUUAAAAAACCACUUUGAUACAGCUGCUGCAAAUGCACGUUACACAUCACAUCGAACACAAAAUGAUUUAAUCAACUUUUCUGAACAAGCUCUGCGAGAAGACAUUGUAAAAGCUGCCAACAAUGCUGUUGGAUUCUCGAUCAUUGUCGAUGAAACAGCAGAUAUUUCAGGAACUGAACAGUUAUCACUGGGAGUGCGGUUUGUUGAUACAUUUAGUGAGAAAGCUAUCAUUCGUGAAGAAUUUCUUGGAUUUUCACCGCUAAAAGAUAUGGAUGCUGUCACAAUAUCUGAUUGUAUUACUCAAAGUUGCAAAACAUUUGGUCUUCUCCUUAAUAAUCUGCUGGGUCAAGGUUAUGAUGGGUGCUUUACGAUGGCUGGAAAAGAAAACGGUGUUCAGACAAAAAUUCAAAGGAUUUACCCUAAAGCUGCCUUUGUUCACUGUGCCUCACAUAGACUUAAUUUUGUAGUAGAUGAUCUAAAUGAUGUUGCAGUUAUACGAAAUACUAUUGGAACUAUUAAAGCAAUUAUUUCGUUUUUUCGUGAAAGUCCAAAGAGGAGAUCUUCUGUUCCAAAUAUUCCCCUUCUAUAUAUUUUUUUCCAACUGGAAGAAUUUUCAAUGCAUGCAAAUGGAUGUACUCGACAAGUUGCACAUCAGCUUUAUUGUUCAUCAAAGUCCAGCACAUUUAUAUUUUGUUUCCAUAUCAUUUCGCAAUACUCUGCCAUACUUGAACCAGUUACUCAGGCUCUUCAAGCUGUUCAAGUUGAUCUUCCAGAAGUCCAACUGCAAAUUCAAAAAAUUACUUAA